AUGCACAUUCACAUCACAAAGAAAGCGAUGGUGAAACGGACGAGUAGUCCGGACGAUGACGAAGAGAAUCAUCAGCAAAAAACUCCCUUUCUGAAGUCGAUUAGAGAUGUUACCCGUUUAGAUCACCUGGGACUUCUUGUUGCCAACAAAAAGGCACGGCAGAAUCGCAUGAAACGAAUCAUCACAAGACCGAGCACUGACAAUUUGGAACUUUUACAUCAAAAGUCCCCCGGUAACGGUGAUGGUGACGUUGAUGGCGACUUUGGAGUAAAUGAUUUAGAACUGGACAAGGACCAAAUAGAAGAUGUUGAAAAAACAGCCCGAUCGUUGCGAGCGUUAAAGAAGGAACUGGCGGAGUACACCAAGUUCCAACAAGAAUUUCCAAUCGAAGUCCGAAUUGACAAAUUGAACUACUCGGCAACACUAUCACGUGAUCUCAACAAAAUUCAAACAGUCUACAAUACUGGCGCGUUAUAUUACAUGGUAAAGUACUGGAAGAAUCGACAGAAGGAGGCAUGCGAGGAAGAAUCCCUGGAAAUCACCAAGAAUAUUCUGGAGAACAUAUCCUUCACACUCAAGCCUGGGAAAAUGUAUCUAGUGAUGGGUCCACCCGGAAGUGGGAAGAGCACUCUGCUGAAAGCCAUCGCUAGCAGGUUAUCGGUUAAAAAUGGGGAGGGGAUUUCUGGUCAUGUCAUGUACAAUGGACGAACACUCGAAGGAAAUGACGACUUUCACAUUGAAAACGCGAUUUCCUUCGUGGAACAACUGGACCGACAUGCCCCACGACUGACUGUGGAUGAGACUUUUGAAUUCGCCUUUCAAUGCAAGCAAGGUGGAACGCAUCUAGAUACCGCUGUCAAUAAUGAUACCGAAGCCAAAGAGCAGGCUGUGCAAGCAGACAAAGAUGGGAUCUUUGUGGAAUCAACAGAGAAAUGCUUGGGCUUGGAUCACGUCAAAGAUACCUUUGUCGGUGAUGAUACUGUUCGAGGAGUCAGUGGAGGGCAACGACGGCGAGUGACAGUGGGUGAAAUGAUGAUGAACGGAUCACCGAUUCUUUGUGGGGAUGAGAUAUCGAAUGGAUUGGACAGCGCUGUCACAUUUGAUAUGAUAGAAACAUUCAUGCAGCUUGGAAAGGUAUACAAGAGGACGCAUGUGAUAUCCUUACUACAACCAAGUCCCGAAACAGUCAGCCUGUUUGACGAAAUCAUUCUGCUUGCCGAAGGGAAACUGAUCUACGCUGGUCCCAUCGAUGACGUCGAGAGAUACUUUGCAUCGCUUGGCUACACCGCACCAGAUUACCUCGACAUUGCUGAUUUUUUGCAACUCUUGUCUACCUCAGAUGGCGAGAAAUUCUUCACACCGUCUGCUGGUCAAGCUUUCGCCCACUCAGCUAGCGAGCUGGCUGCUGCGUUUCAAGAGAGCGAAGCCGGCAAUCAAAUUCAACUUUCUCUGAAGACUCCUUCGAAGUACUCGUGGAGUGACAAUAGCUCGAUGGAGACCAAAGGCGGCGUCAAAUACCUGGACUCUCGAAGAUUCCACAAGAAGUAUGCAAACUCCAUCCUGAGAUCAAUGUGGCUGGUUCUAAAGAGAUGCCUGAUAAUAUGGAAGCGUGAUAGAAGGGUGCUGAUUGCAAACGCUGUGAAGAAUUCGAUCAUGGGCAUAAGCGUCGGUGGGGUGUUCUUCCAAACAGAGGACGUCAUCUCUAUUCUUGGAGUGUUGUUUCAGGGCAUGCUCUUCAUUAUGCUGGGAGGAAUGACAACCGCCCCUGGUUUUGUCGAAGAGAGAGCGACAUUUUACAAACAUGCGGACGCAAACUUCUUUUCGUCAUAUCCCUUCAUUCUUGGAAAAGCGCUAUCCAAGUUGCCCCAGACAAUCAUGGACUGCUUCACUUUUGUUGCGAAGUCGAAAUCGAGUGUCCAGGUUGUCAGUGCCUGUAUUGUCCUAUUCUUCAUCUUGUUUUGUGGAUUCAUCAUUCCACCCAAUGUGAUCCCAAGCUACUUUGUAUGGAUAUAUUGGUACAACCCUCUUGCUUGGGCUUAUCGAGCGCUUCUCAUCAACGAGUAUAGGAGCACGUUCUAUUCCGAAGAGGAAGGGGAUCUUGUUCUUGAGUUUAUAGGUCUAGUCGACAGUAAUGGCAAAGCUAUGGAUACGGGAUGGAUUCAUUUCGGCUUCUUCUACAUGGGGAUACACAUUCUCAUAACAGUGUUGCUAUCAGCUAUUGGUCUUUCGAGAUUUAGGGUGAGCAGCGUUGGAACAGGUCUUGAAGAACGUGAUGUCGUAGAAGUCAGCGACGAGAGCGAAUCACCAGUAACCAUGUCAUUCAAGCCAGUUACCCUAUCCUUUGAAGAUAUUUGCUACGAUGUUGCGACAUCAAAAGGCAAUGGAGAGCUGCGACUCCUGCAAAGUGUCAGUGGAGCAUUCAGAUCAGGACGAAUGUGCGCUUUGAUGGGAAGUUCAGGUGCUGGAAAAACAACGCUGAUGGAUGUCAUUGCAAUGAGAAAAUCGUCGGGAACCGUACAAGGGGAAAUCCUAUUGAACGGAUACUCCCAAGAUGAGACAGUCUUUCGUCGAUGUUCUGGCUACGUUGAACAGUUCGAUGUGCAGACACCACAGCUGACAGUAAGGGAAACAGUUCUAUUUUCUGCUCGGCUGAGAUUAGACGAAAGAAAGGUGAAAUCAGAGGAAGAGAAAGAGAAAUUUUGCGACUACGUGUUGAAGACACUAGAGCUAACAGGAAUAUCUGACAGAUUAGUUGGGAGUCACGACGAAGGCGGCUUAACUUUCGAGCAGCGGAAGCGUAUGUCAAUUGCAGUAGAAUUAGCAGCAUCGCCAUCUAUACUGUUUUUGGACGAGCCAACGACUGGUCUGGAUGCUCGGAGUGCUCUCUUGGUCGUCAAGUUAUUGAGAAAAAUCGCAGACCAAGGCCGCACUAUCUGUGCAACAAUUCACCAGCCUUCUUCAGCUGUAUUCGAUUUGUUUGAUGACCUGCUUCUGUUAAAAAGCGGAGGAGAAGUAGUCUACUUUGGCGAGCUUGGUGAUCAGUCAGCUACCAUGAUAGAUUACUUCGAACGACAGGGAGCAAACCGAAUUGCUAUUGGUGACAACCCAGCCAAUUGGGUAUUGAGAGAAGUGGACAUAUGCAACAAGACGAUGGACCUAGCAGAGAAAUACAGAGACUCAGUUGAGUAUGAAACAUUGAAGGGGCAACUAUCCGAAGUCAAACAAACAUUGAUCCCAGCGUUAGAGAUAUCUUUCCGAUCUCGAUUCGCAACCAAAGCAGAUAAUAGACAACGGCUGAUGAACAAGCGCCUGCAGACGAUAUAUUGGCGAUCUCCAGCUUACAACCGAGCCCGCUUGAUGGUGUGCAUAGCGAUCGCAGGCAUAAUGGGAGCUGUAUUUGUGACAAACCGCACUCCAGACGUGUUUACUGAAUCAGAAAUGAGAGCCCGGUUGUCUGUAACUUUCCUGUCCUUCAUCAUUAUCGGGAUCCUUUCGAUCACGUCAGUGCUGCCAGUGAUGUUGAAUAUUCGCGAUGUAUUCUACCGGCAUCGCGCGGCAGGGAUGGUCGAGAAUAUUUCCCUGGGUUGGUCGCUAGGUAUUGCAGAAAAGUGGUUUAUUAUUGCAGCCUCUUUUCUCUUUACCUUUGUGUAUCUUUCGGUCGCAGGCCAAACAGACACUUCUCAAGUUCGAAGUGGCAUUGGCUACUGGGGUUUUUUCAGUUUCAAUCUUGCAAUCUACAGUUACUUUGGGCAGGCGUUCAUGUGUCUUGUGAACUCCAUGACCACUGCACAAAUUCUAGCAAGCGUCUUCAUCGGGUUGAACAACUUCUUCUCUGGCCUCAUUGUUCGGCCGCAAUUUCUCACAGGUCUAUUCGACUUCACUUAUUGGAUUACCCCUGGACACUACGUUUACGAGGGACUUGUGAUUACACAGUUCAGUGACGAUCGGCGCCCGGUCGAGGCUGUUGAAGGCAGUGAUUUCUUCCUCUACCUGGGAUGCGACGGACGCAACAGCACUAAUGCUUGCAUUGGUACUGUUGGGGACUAUGUUGACAAUUUCUUUGGUGGUCGAUUCACCCCAGAUCACCUCCUUCAAGACAUUUUUGUUUUGGCACUAUAUCUGGUUUUGGCAAGAGUGAUGACUUUCUUUGCUCUCAAAAACUUCAACUUUUCUAGCAAUUAA